GGGCCGAGCCGCCCUGCCUCUCUGACCUCCAAGGCGCCGAGGGAGCCCGAAGGUCCCCGCUCUCCGCACCUCGCGCACCCCUCUUCUGCGCCCGGUCCCCGGCCUCGAGAACCCCAAGGGGCAGAGAUGGUGGCCGAGGCUGCCGUCGGCAGCCCCAAGCGGGGCACGGCCAACGGCGUGGCGGCGGGCCCGGUCCCCCCCGGCGGCGGCGGCAGGGGGCGGCGGGCGCGGCGGGUGCGCUCGUGCCUGCGCGCCAACCUGCUGGUGCUGCUGACCUUGGCCGGAGUGGCGGCGGGCGCGGCGGUGGGCCUGGCCAUGGCGAACUGGGCACCGCGUCUGAGCCAGGAGCACCUGGUGGCCUUCUCCUUCCCCGGCGAGCUGCUGCUGCGCCUGCUGCGCCUGAUCAUCCUGCCACUCGUGGUGUGCAGCCUGGUGGGCGGCGCCGCCAGCCUGGACCCGGCCUCGCUCGGCCGCAUGGGCGGCUGGGCGCUGCUCUUCUUCCUGCUCACCACGCUCCUGGCCUCGGCGCUGGGCGUCGGGCUCGCCUUCGUCCUGCGCCCCGGCGUGGGCACCCAGGCCCCAGGGGCGCAGGACGCGCAGCUGCCCCAGACCAAGUCGGUGCUCGACUCCUUCCUGGACCUCUUCAGGAAUAUCUUUCCCGAUAACUUGGUGGCUGCGGCCUUCCGCUCCUAUUCCACCAAGUACCAGCAGAACGUGACCAAUAUCACCCUGACGGAGCCCUGUGAGAAUGAAGAGAUGAACAUUCUGGGGCUGGUGAUGUUCUCCAUGGUGCUCGGGGUUACCCUCCGGAAGAUGGGAGCAGAAGGGGAGCUGCUCAUCCGCUUUUUCAACUCCUUCAACGAGGCCACGAUGAUAAUGGUGUCCUGGAUCAUGUGGUACGCUCCCGUGGGCAUCAUGUUCCUGAUAGCCGGUAAGAUUGUGGAAAUGGAGAAUGCGAGCCAGCUCUUUGCCAGCCUGGGCAAAUAUGUCUGCUGCUGUAUCCUGGGACACAUUCUCCAUGGGCUGCUGGUCCUGCCCCUCAUCUACUUCGUCAUCACUCGCAAGAACCCUUACCGCUUCCUGUGGGGGAUUGUGCCGGCCUUGGCCACUGCCUUUGGGACCUCCUCCAGCUCUGCAACGCUCCCGCUGAUGAUGGAGUGCGUGGAGGAGAGAAACGGGGUGUCCAAACACGUCAGCCGCUUCAUCCUUCCCAUUGGAGCCACGGUCAACAUGGACGGCGCUGCGCUCUUCCAGUGUGUGGCUGCUGUGUUCAUCGCCCAGUUAAACAACGUGCCCCUUACCUUCGUGCAGGUCAUCACCAUCCUCAUCACGGCCACAGCCUCGAGUGUGGGUGCUGCUGGCAUCCCUGCAGGGGGGGUGCUGACCCUGGCCAUCAUCCUGGGGGCCAUCAGCUUGCCCACUAAAGACAUCUCCUUCAUCCUGGCUGUGGAUUGGCUGGUGGACCGCUUCUGCACCAUCAUCAAUGUGGAAGGGGAUGCUUUUGGAGCCGGCCUGCUUCAGUGCUACGUGGACCACAACGAGGUAGACCUGGGGAGUCUGGGGCCUGAGCUGGCAGAAGUCAAAGACGAUGCCUCCGUGGUCCCCCUGUCCCCUGAAGCUGACCCCCUUAUUCUCAAGAUGGUCAAGUCUGGCAGCCCUUCUGGGGACACCAACACCUGUGAGAAGGAGUCGGUCAUGUAGCGCUACCCCGAGAGGGGGCUCCAGGAAGGCAGACAGACUACUUUUUGGAAGGGGGCUCCUUUCCCACACUCCAGUGCCCUAGAUGCAUCAGGCCUACCUUUUCUGGGCCACAUGAGCAGUUUGCUGUUGCUGGGGAGGUCAGCUCCAACCCCUGACCUCCUGGGGGUGGGGAAUGUCCCCUUUGGGACCCUGGCUACUUGUUCUGGAAGUAACCGGUAGGGUCCAGAGAAAGGGCUGGACUGCCACGCCGGCACCUCUAGCUUCCUCUUUGCUGCCUGGGGACCCUGAGUUGGACAAUUCAGCUCCCCCCAACCAAAGUUCUUGGUGUCUUCUCCCACCUACCUCCACACCCUUUCCAGGCUGAACGUGCAUAGUUCUCUGUGCCCCAUCCUGAGGACACCCUGUUCUCGGGCCGUCUGAGCCAGAGUGACAGCAGCAUCUGAGCCCCGAGGACCAUGGGAGUAGUCCUCCGGCACCAGCCUCCUCACUGGCGUUAGGCCCAGCCUGUUCCCUAGUUAGCUUGGGGAGGGGGGUGGUGUGCAGCAAUAAAUGUGUGUCUAACCAUGCCCUGGCCUGUGUGCUAUAUUGGGGACAC